GUAACUCGAAGGGCCCGGCCGUUGGAUAGACCCGUACCUGGAAAUUGAGUCCCUUUGUCCAUCAGGGUUGCACUGUGACCAGGCAGCAGACGAAGGGGCCAACCAAUCAGGCUGCUCUCAACUACAUCGCCUGUUGGUAUUUGCUGUAUAAAGAAGAGACUCCUCACUAGGUGAACCGCUGAGAUCCAAGAUUUUCACAUCUGAUGCCCCUCUAGUCUUCCUACAAGAUCAUCGCCUGAUCCAACUCCAACAUGAAGGCCCUCCCCUACCUCUCCCUCCUCCUCGGCAUCUCCGCAACCACCGCCCUCGCGGCCCUCCGCCCAGACGCAACCCCCGACGAGGUCGCCGCGGCGGAAGCCCAGUGCGGGUCCCUCGGCGUAAUGAGGAUCGACCCAGCAGAGCUGCCCGAGGGCGUUCGGAUGACCGACGUCCGCAUGUGCGCUGACCAUCCCCUCGGCCCCGACGCGUCCCCGGGUUCGGGUCCUGGGGCUUUCGCCGGGCUUCGUCGGUUCUUGAGUUGGGUGUUUUGAGAUGACGCCAGGAUUUCUUCUGCUCACGUGCGGGCUGGCCAGUUCCUGCGCUGUACGGUGGGAGCGGCCGUUUGGGAAUGUAUGAUGUCGGUUGAUGUUGAUCUUUUGGAAGGAGCUUGAUUGAUAUAGUCUAGCUAGAGGAUAAUAUUCAGAUAAAAUCAC